GUGACCCAUGUACUGGUAACGAAUUAGUGAGUGAUGACGUAGAAAACUGUGAAAAUUACAAAUCUCUCACAUCUCUUUUAACAGUCAGCGCUGAAAUACUCUUGAAAUAAUGUCCGAUAGCGAUGUAUACCUACUUUCAGCAAGCUCUACCGAGAGUUUUGAUGCAUCGUACUCAAGUGGUAAAGAAGAGAUGGAAGUUAGUUGCGAGUUUUAUCAUUGUUUAUUUUCAAAACGCUUUUUUUUGUAAAGGACACACACGAAACUUUUGAAAGUUUUACGUUUCAAGAAACACUCCUCUAACUUGGGCGAUUUCAUACAUGAACGUCAGUUUUUGAUAAAGUUCAUUGCAGCGGCUGUUUCAUUGAGAUUUGACGAGCUUUGGCCCCGAAAAAAAUCGCAGGUAACCAAACAACCUGUUCGUAUAUCUUCAAUUGGUCUCUGUGCCGGACUACUUAGACAGGGAGAAUUCCAGCAGAUGGAUUCGCGAGGUCUCAAAAUAUAAUCCUGUUGUUGAUGCGGUAAAUCAAAUCGCUCUCGACCGUAUACUUUAGGCGGGAAAUGCCUCCAGUCGAAAUAUCAUGGGAAAUUGCAAAGAUUCUUGUCUGUCAAGAAUAGCUGAGCUUGACAACGACAUUCGGGAACUAGUAAAGAAUAAUAAUUGUAUAAGUUAACGGUGAAUGCCUCAAAUUUCAGUCAAAAGAACUAUUCCAGACAGAGAGCGGUCUCCUGAUAUAAAUUAAUGUGAAUUCAAUUUUUCGUGCCCUCUUGGGUAGUGUAUACCAGAGGGUUACUUUUAAUCUCUCCUAUACACUCUUGGGUAAUGUAUACCUGAGGGUUAUUUUUAAUCUCUUCUAUAAUCUCCUGGGUAGUGUAUACCUAAGGGUUACUUUUAAUCUAUUCUAUACCCUCUUGGGUAGUGUAUACCUGAGGGUUAUUUUUAAUCUGUUCUAUAACUCUCGGGAAGUGUAUACCUGAGGGUUGUUUUUAAUCUGUUCUAUACCCUACUGAGUAGUGUAUACCUGAGGGUUAUUUUUAAUCUCUUCUAUACCCUCUUGGGUAGUGUAUACCUGAGGGUUAUUUUUAAUCUGUUCUAUACCUCUUGGGUAGUGUAUACCCGAGGGUUGUUUUUAAUCUGUUCUAUACCCUACUGGAUAGGGUUUACCUGAGGGUUAUUUUUAAUCUCUUCUAUACCCUCUUGGGUAGUGUAUACCUGAGGGUUAUUUUUGAUCUGUUCUAUACCUCUUGGGUAGUGUAUACCUGAGGGUUAUUUUUAAUCUUUUCUGUACCCUCUUAGGUAGUGUAUACCUGAGGGUUAUUUUUAGUCUUUUCUAUACCCUCUUGGGUAGUGUAUACCUGAGGGUUAUUUUCAAUCUCUCUUAUACCUUCCUGGGUAGUGUAUACCUGAGGGUUACUUUUAAUCUCUCUUAUACCCUCUUGGGUAGUGUAUACCUGAGGGUUAUUUUUAAUCUCUUCUAUACCCUCUUGGAUAGUGUAUACCUGAGGGUUGUUUUCAAUAUCUUCUAUACCCUCUUGAGGCUUUACCCUCCUUACAUGGCAGACGCGUAAGACGAUAAUCAUACGUGUGAAUUUGUUCACAAUGACCUAAAAUGCGAUAACGGUGUUUCAGACCAGCUUCUCCCCUGUUAUAGUCGAUUUUGGCAAGAGUGAUGUCUUCGGUAAAGCUAAAAAUUCCGCUCCAAAACCUUCGCACAAAAAGGUCAUUAGAAGAAUAGUUGCAUUGCGUCGAAGCUUGUAGACUGAACGGGGAGACCAUCAGUUGAAAGCGAUGUGUAUUCUCUGGAUUAUCUAAUCAACAUGGUUUUUGGACUUUAAAAGUUCAAAACCAUGACCUGUGUAAUGAAGGGUUUGUCGGAGUUAGCCUUAGAUUGGCCCAGGUCUUCGAUCAUGGAGGUGAAAUCAGCUUUACCGAUGCCACUUUUUGGGGCUAUUUUUGAGUUUCUUCUUUUUCACGUGUUUUAAAGUGUUUCGGUUAUAUGUUUAUGUAACAUUUGGUCAGGACUAUUUGUGGACCUUGUGUUAACGAUUUACUGUUGACUUCUUUAAGACAUUUAUUGUCUCUAUAGAGAAAAUAAACUUAGCGUACCGCCCCUUGGGUUUUUUUUAAUUAGACCCAUUCAGUUUGUAUGAGGCAUUUCUCUGGACUCUUGUUUCUGGAAAAUGAGCGAACAAAGUAGAGUUGUAUCUUGAAAAUGAUUAGAAAUGUAAGGGGAUUAUAGCGGUUAUCGGAUGUCCUGGAAUGUGCAUUGAACACCUCAUGCCACCAGGAGGCGUCAAACCUUGGCUUGAAUUACUUAUGCAAAUUAGCUGGCUGCACAUUAAAUGUGCAGCCAGCUAAUUUGCAUAACAUUUUUUCCGACGCCAAGCUCGUCGCGGGUGACUUCGACAUUUAGCUUGGCAUUCAAGUGACUGUAACCGACAUACUUUUAAUCAGCAAUUACUGGUUCGUGUAUUUAUUUAUAUCAGUUCCAUUUGCCAAUAUAUCUCCCUCCAUUGUAACCUAGACAAUGAAGAGAAAUCAGCUUAGCAUUUGUAGUAACGAUUAUUUUCUAUCCGUUGCAAUUACGAUAAAUGUUACGGUUUGUGCUUUAAGAAAAACAAUUUCUUAGUUAAUUUAAAAAAUGCAUCAAUGUAGGUCGCUUUUUAGCAGGAGACCCAAAUAUCUAUGUAUUUUGUUUCACAUUACCCCGUGCUUGUCAUCCUUUUUUUCUUCACAUUAAUAGUGCUAUUGCUAUGGGCAUCGUACAAUAUCUCCAAGUCGUGCUGUUUGUAUUCAAUUUGACCCUCUCCACUGAGGCACAGAAAAAAGUAACUUGUCAAAACUUCAAGUUUGCUAUCGAUGACGAUGUCAUCCAUAACCAAAUUCUUGAGGGUCACGUGGUUGAAAGAUUGACAGUCCCAAACGCCAUCCAGUGUCACUUGAAGUGCAAAGAUGACUGCCGGUGUAUUUCCAUGAAUUAUUUCCCUCUGUCCAAAGAAAACAAUUGUGAGCUCAACGACGCUAACAAAGACAUGGAGCCAGCGGCGAUGAAAUGGAGGCAAGGGGGAAAUUAUUAUGAUUUGGUGAGAAGCUACACGGUGAAGGUGAGAUAAGAUUAUUUAUCUAAUGUUUUACUUAUUUAUUUAUGAACUUUCGUGAACAAAGUAAAUAUCCCAAGAUGUUCAAGUUCGUAAAUAAAAUAAAUAUUUCUACAUGAUCAAGUUUUGCGGUACUCCUUAAAAAAAAAGGUGUGUUAUAUGUCAGUCUGGGCCAAAGACAAUUUUGUGGAUAUCGUUUUGUCUGCGAUAUGAUUGGUCUAGACAAAACCAAAACAAACUGAUUUGGCUAAGAGAGGAUUGGGUUCAUUCUCUUUCUCGCAAACUUUUUUCUUAACGGCCAUGUUGCAAUGCGAAGGGAACGGUAGAACAGAAGUGACAACAAUUUGCAUAAAGACAUCAUUGACUUAACCAUUGCUGUCUUAGCUUAUUGCAUUUUAAAUCUAAUUUUGAUGGACAUUUCAUGGCACCCCGCUAUGUGUUGUAGGCACACGUACUUUGCUCGCACUGUUUGUUAUCGAUUCGAUCCGUUUACGGUGAGAUUUGUCAAUGGUUGCUAAAACGCACAUGCCAACCCAAUUCGAUGAGAAUGGUGAGCUAAAACAUCCUUUGAAUUUGCUGUAGGGUGGAGACAAAUACACACCAGAGAAGCAUCAUUGCAUUAACAGAUGUUGCCUCACCAAUCCUUGUCUCAAUGGAGGGGUAUGUCGGGAGAUUUGUGACACUCACAGCACCAGGUUUAACUGUACCUGUCCUAACACAUACUCUGGUCAGCAGUGUGAGAAGAUCAAACAUCCGAGAAGCUGCAAAGACGUAGCUAAGAACGGUGCCUCGACAUCAGGAAAAUACGACAUCUCAAAUUCAGACAAUGAACGGUUUUCUGUUUACUGUGACUUGCAGUCUGAACCUGGCUUUGCAUGGACGUUAAUACAAUCGUUUUCCUUUUCCAAGAGAAAUACCUUCAGUUAUGCAGGGUUUGGCAAAAACCUUGAGAUUGAUAUUGAAGAGGGGGAAGUAAAUUGGAACGAGUUCCGACUAUCAUUAUCACAGAUGCAGUCUCUUGCUAAUCACUCCACACAUCUGAGAGCAACUUGUAACUUUUCUACGGAUGGUCUGCAGUAUACGGACUACGCACGCGCUAAGCUGGCAGGUCAUGACAUUUUUGGUAUCUGGAACACCUGCCAGAUGUAUGAAUAUGUCAAUAUCCGAGGAAUCUAUUGUUUUAAUUGCACCGCCCUCACAAAACAAGAGGAAAAUGUGUCCUGGCACAUAAGGAGUUACAAUAGCAUAGAAGAGGAAUGUGAAUUUGAUGGAAAACUAGGUGCAGUCUUCCGUGAAAAAAAUUUCGGAAAAUUUGAUAAAAGUUUCGUAAAUCGGGAUCACUACUGCUCGUUUUCUCUUGCUUCUACAACGCAGCAUUGGUUUGGAGCUAAAUGUGACGAUUAA